GGCUCCGCCGAUGGGGGGGGGGCGGUCGUCGGCGGCGAGAUGCGAGCCUUGCCCGUCCCCUGACCUCCGAGGAGAGCAAGAAGAUCGCACCAGGAGGCCAUGCCCGACCUAAGUCUGGAGGUCGGCGUGGACUUCCGCGACCCGCGCCCAGGGAGGAGGAAGAGCGCCCAGGGGGGCGGGCUGGCCUCCUCCCUCUCCUUCCCCUACCUCUCUAAGAAAGCCACGCGCGGCUCCGAGAGUGCAUGUAGAUGUUUCUGGUUGGCUCCUUCCUGUGAAUCUCGGCACCCCGGCCGUCAGAAGUGGACCCGGGACGGCUUCUUGUCCCGGGGAAGGGGUCGAGAUGGUCUGAGCCCGCGGGUUGAGAAAUCAAUCGUCGGAGGUCGGGGACGGUGCCAUCGACGGCGUGUCAUGUUGUGGGUCUCCAGGGGUUGUUGGAGGACCUAUUCUUCCUCGUCCGCGAAGGAUCAGCACCGUUAUCUUCCCGUGUGGAACCACCGGCACGACGCUGUGCAGCACCAGCGCAGCCAGCAGAACCACUGUGGUUGGCACGAGUGGAGCGAGCAGCACCAGCGCAACCAGCAGCGCCACCGUGACCAGCACGUGUGGAACCAGCAGCACCACACGUCGCAGCAUCAGUGCAAUCAUCAGCAUCACCGUGUCCAGCACCAGUGAAACCAUCAGCUCCACAGCAAGCAGCAUCAACGCAGCAGGACGCCGGAUCACGCAAAGCGCGGCCCAGAGGUGCCAGAUCGGCACGGCCGCGGUGAGUUCCUCAGCGAGGAGGAGCUGAUGUGGACGAGGGAGUACUCACCUGGCGGCGCGUGGCAGUUCUGGAGCCUGGGGAGGCCGAAGAAGGAGAUAGUUCGCCUGGUCGAGGAUGCGAGUUUCCCAGCCGACGGCCUCAGCGCGGUCGUGCUUGGGUGCGGCGUCGGCGUGGAGGUGGACUACCUCGCGCGCCGCGCGGGCGCCGGAGCCGCGGCCGCGGCCGCGGGCAUGGCGGCACGGGCCCCCGCGAAUUGCGUCGCGGGGGUGGACUUCGCCCUGCCAGCGGUGCAGCGGGCUCGCGACAGCUACGGCGCGACGGACGGCGCCUUUUUCCACCACGCGGACGUGCUCCGGCUCCCUGCGCCGCGCGCGCCCCUGGACCUGGUCGUGGACAACACCGUGCUCCAGAACGUGCUCCGUGGCGAGGACGGCGACCUGGAUCGCUACCUCGGCGCCCUCCGCCGCAUAUCGCUCCCCGGGCACACCGUCCUCAACGUCAACCUCAUGAGCCAGGAGGGCUUCCUUCAGCAGCCGGGGUUCGCCGAGUGCGGCGAGGCGCUGAACCUGCCGCUUGUUCGCGCGGAGCAGAUCUCCGCGGCCCUCGGCGGUGACUGGGAAGUGCUGGACCAGCGGGAGGGCCUCUACGACCUCAGCCCGGAGGCCGUCGGCAUCGAGUGCGAGGCGUUCUACGAGUUCGGCGGCAGCGCCACGCCGGGGAUCCCCAGCCACUGGCUGCUCCUGCGGAGGAGGGCCGGCCCCGAGCCAGACGGGGAAAAAUCCACCCUUUGGCAGGCCAGCUGGCGCACAGUGGGACGACAGCGGCUGCGAUGGCUUAUUAUUGUAAGAUGACGAUUCAUAAAUGACGG